AUGUCGAAUUCGUCUAAGGGAAAUCCUCCCCAUAUGUCGUUACCGUCUUUACCUACGACUCCUACACCAUCUUCGAGAAGGACGAUUGGCCCUAGAGCUCCAAAAUCCACUCCAGUUCCUCCAGCCCAUAAUUUGCCUUCUCUAAGCGUGUCAACUCCGACAUUCCUAAAUCCUGCAUCCCGCCCAAAAUCAUAUGUCUCGUCCCAUGAGUUACCGAAAGAAAAAGAAGAAAAUCUCUCUACCUCAACUCGUCUACCCCAUCUUAACUCUCCCUUUUCUAUCCUUCAAGACAAGGAGUUGAUUUCCUCUUCGUCAUCUGAGAAUCGUCAAGUUAGGAAAGUAGAAGAGAAACCUAAUUUUUAUAAUCCUCCUGAAGUACAGAAUUCCCCUCUGCUUUCGAGAACACCGAUAGAUUCAGCCAGUCUCCCCUCUAUAACUGACCAGGAACCGCUCCCUGUAAAGACAUCAUCUCCAUCUUUGAAUAGCUCGGCAUCUACCAAAAGCUUACAUGGCCCUCGUCAGCCUAAUACUCUCAAAGGUAUUUCAACACCUGAACAACUUCCUCCAAUCCCACAUCCCUACGAAUCUUUACCUACUCCUCCCACGCAUCUCGACUCAGCAAAACCGAAAAGAAGGAAGAAUUACUCAUUACCUCCUGUUGUCGAAGUACCUGAAAUAACUAAUGAGGUCUCACCAAAGUAUUCAAACGAUGCUAAUGGGCAGGUGUACCGCUUGCGUAGUGCUCGAUCAGGUAGCCCAAAUUCAACAGCCUCAAUCCAAUUUGAAAUCCCUAGUACUCGCCCUCCAUCUUUAGACCAACUCUUGCACUUAUUUAAUGAUUUUUUAAGACACCCUAUGUUCGAUUUCGAUGACCACGCCAUUACAAUACUACAAACUUGUACUCCAGAUGAGAAGUGGAAUUUUAUAAGAGCAAGCUUCUCUGGAUUCGAUGAUCCCGCCUUUCAAAUUCCAGAAUUAGCUGCUGUGCAUCGCCCUGUUUCAUGGUUUGUUCUUCAGUUAUGGAACAAAACAAUAAGUAAUUUGCAGUUAAUUACACUUUCAUCUUUGUUGACAACUCAGUCAAAGAGAUGGGUGUCUUCAUUUCUAGAACUGCAGGGUCUUCGUGCUAUUCACAAUCUUCUUACGUAUUUUAACUCAUCCACUGUUGUACAAUCUCAACAGGCUGAGUUGCUGCGUUGUGUUUUUCAGCUGAUGAGGAAAAGAGCGACCCUCGCAACCUCAGAUUCCUAUAUCUUUUCUUCUGUUACUCAGGCCUUAGGUUCGACGAACUUACUCCCUAGAAAAGUUACGGCUGACAUUUUAUCGUGGGCUUGUGAUUUUAAAGAAUCAUCCGUUAUUUCCACAAUUGAAAAUGGAUUGAAAAGCUUAAACCCUUCAGACUUAGAAAGUCCUCCCUUAUGCUAUGGCUUAGUAACAACUUUCAAGAAUACUGUUAUUGAGAAGGAGAUUUCUCGUACACCUCCGUCUUCUCCUUCGAAAGUCGCAAUAUCUAGCUCUCCUUCCAAUAUUGCAUUCUUAGAAUAUUGUACUUCAACGAUGAAUUUCAUCAAUAGUUAUGUUUCUGUUUAUGACGAUUCAUCUUCCGAGUUUAAUGUCCUUGAAUGCCUUCAAGACUCAAAUAUUCAUGAAGUAAUCCAGCAUCUGCGGAAUUUCCCUGACAAACAACUCGAGCGUCAACUUAAUAUAUAUGAAACCGAGGAAGAAAGGAGAACCGAGUUGCUAACUCCACUAGAAGAUGGUGAUUCUUUUAUAUCACAUGAAUCCUCAAUUCUCAGUAACUUAAACGAAGUAGCUAAUAAUGAACUCGGCUCUUUAUUAGAAUCAACGAUUCAAUCCGUCCUGCUCACGAAAGCCAAUGAAAAAGAAAAACUAAAGCUUGUGAAGAUAUUUAAUUCACUUCUGCAAAAGUUUUUACUGAACUCUAAAAUAUCUGAAAACACUUUUGAAGAAAGUUUGCAAGUCGCGAUAAAUUCUCUCACGAAUAGGUUAUAUUCUGACGAAACGGCUCGAAAUGCUCUUCAAGAAGCGAAAGCUUCUCGUGCUAUGGCGGAGAAAAUGGUGAUUGAAAGAGAUGCAAUGGCGGCACAGGUUAAUUUAGGUGUCGAAGACUUGAUUGAAAAACUGAAAAGUGAGCUGAAUGAUCAAAAUGAUGUUAUUCUAUCUCAAAAAAGAACAAACGAAACAUUGAGGAAAGAAGUUGAGGAUAUGCAAAAAUCGCAUCUUGCCCAAAUCCAACGAAGUGAGCUGGAGCUUCGAGAACUUUACCUCUUAAUUAAUCAGGAAUCAAACAGUAUUUGUUCCGCUGCAGAAAGAAAUAAAAUUGUCGGAUAUUUAGAUGAUAAAUUAGAGCUUCGAAAAAAGGAGAUUACAGCGGAAUCUGUUUUUUGGUCUUCGGACGGCAUCAGUGAAAAGCUAAAAAGUCUACGCGAGCAAAUGAAUAAUUUGAGUGCCGAACAUCGCUCUACUGGUUCUUCUAUAUUGCAAAUUCCUGACAAAGAUUUUGUUCGUCCUUUUCCUCGAGCUAAAGUACCUCGCAUUAAGUCAAUGCCUAAUAGACGCUCAGCUUCCGAAAGCUUUUCUCGCUUCCUUAUCCAUGAAAAUAUACAAACAGAAAAACCCAAUCUUCCUUUAUUGAGUAGCGCUGGAACGGCGCAUGAGAACUCUAAAGGUUUUCCUGAUCCAAAGCCUGAAGCGUCUUUAGACGGUGAUUCAACUUUAUAUGUUUCCGAUAAUGAACAGAUUGAAGGAAGGAAACAGGAGGACUUUAAUGAAGAGAAUAAGUCAGCAAAGCCUCCCAAGGGAAAACCUUUACUGCCUGCACCACCACCUCCACCGCCUUUGCCUGUAAAAACAUCCACGGACUCAUUCUUACCACCUGUAUCUGCAGCAGAAACCAAUAAACACACAGCGCCUCUUGCUCCCGGGUUACCCCCUCCACCUCCUCCACCUCCUCCAAUGCUCAGCUGUUCUGGUGCUAAAUUUUUGAACACACAUGAACGCAAUGAAAUAUCUGAUUUCAGUGAACCUAAUAGUAUGGAACGACCAAAACGUCGUCUGAAACAGAUGCAUUGGGAAAAAUUGGAUUCGGGCUUAGAGUACACUUUCUGGUCAGUCACUUCUCGACAAUCGAAUUCCCUUUUUGAAAAGCUCAAGAACACAGGCACGUUUGAGCAAAUUGAAGAAAACUUUGCGAUGAAAGAAGCAAAGCCUUUACAGAAGAAGGGGGCGCAAAGAACAGAAUAUAUGUCUAGUGACCUUCAGAAGCUUUUCGGAAUUCAUUUUCACAAGUUGGCACAUAAAAAUCCAGAUGAAAUUAUUCGAAUGGUAUUACAUUGUGAUGAAAGCAUCGCCGAAGCUACCGAAUUUUUAGGUAGCGAAAAAAUUAUGAAUCAGGUUAAGCUCAAAGCUGAUCUUGAACCAUACCGUAUUGAUUGGACAAAUGGAGGCGAACCCGUAAAUGCUGAAAAAGAUUCAUCUGAGUUAAGCCGUUGGGAUUAUUUGUAUUUGCGACUCAUCAUAGACCUUCAGAAUUACUGGGGACGACGGAUAAAUGCUCUUAAAAUUAAAUAUACCAUUGAUACUAAUUACGAAACGCUUGUUCGUCAAGCAAAACUAAUUGGAAGAGCUGCAUUAAUUCUUCGUGAUAAUGAUAUGUUUAAGGACUUGAUGCAACUGAUUCUUUGCCUUGGUAAUUUCAUGAAUGAUUAUAUUCGUCAAGCACGUGGAUUUUCGCUUAAUUCACUUCAACGACUUCCAUUGAUAAAGAAUUCAUCGAAUACUCAGAGUUUAUUACACGUCCUUGAAAUGAUUGUUCGCAAAAAUUUUCCUUCUAUAGAAGUAUUUCUCACAGACCUUUCUGUCGUGAUAGAAGCUGCAAAACUUAACAUCGAAACAAUUGAACAAGAGUGUACAGAGCUCAUACGAGGAUGCCAGAAUGUACAACUUGAUUGCGACUCUGGUGUUCUUUCCGACCCUACAUCCUUCCAUCCUGAUGACAAGAUCUUGACUGUAAUUAUUCCUUGGCUUAAUGAAGGAGUGAAAAAAAUGGAUUUUCUAAAGGAGCAUUUAAGAACAAUGAACACGACGUUAAAUAAUGCCAUGAGGUAUUUUGGCGAACAACCUAGUGACCCAAAUGCACGAAAUGUCUUUUUUAAGAAAAUCAGCUCUUUUAUUGCCGAGUAUAAGAGAGCUAAAGCCGAGAACCUGAAGGUAGAGGAGGAGAACUCUCAAAAAGACAAGGUCUAUGUUAAAAAAGGAAAAUCAAAGGUGCUGGAACUUGCUGUUUCAGAGAAGGAUGCUAGCGAGAGUCGAGAAAUGGAUACUUUCUUGAAUAAACUACGAGAUUUCAAGCUCGACGGACAUAAUCGACUUCGUCGUCGUUUACCCACGAAUGAUAACAUGGAAAAGUCUGAAUCUUCGAGCAUGAGAAACGCCGUUAAAAAUCAGCUUUCUAUCCCCAAACGAGGCUUACAAAAGGUUGAAUCGAACACUGGGUCACCCAGGCUUCCAAAAACAUGGGGAAAGACCAUGGAGAAGGAUCGGAGAGUUAAAUCUCAAGGCCAGAAUAAACAAUCAAAACAUCAUUUUAAGAAAAAGCAAUCUAGAAGGAUUGUUUCCGAUACCACUGCUGUAGGUGAACAACAUUCGGCAGGUAAAGAGAAUUUUAGUCAAGCACCAACUAAAAAAGGUGCAACUUCAACAAAAUUCACGUCUGCCACGAAAGCAGGUAAGAAUAAUGUAAAUCGAAGAAGAAGAAGAAAAUCUAGUAAAAAAUUUGCGGACAAUAAUAAGGACAAGGAUGUCUCGAUUGAAUCCAAUAAUUCCUUGGAAAAUAAGCCGACAAAUGGAGAGUUCGACGAUAAACAAAAUAUCAAUAACGAUCACAAACGGCCCAUAAAAAAUGUUUUUGAAAAUGAUAAGAACAUUGGUCAAUCCAGCUUUAUUAGGAAGUUAUCUGAAAGUUCAGACAAUACCGAAACAGCUCCUGUCAUUCCAACGCACCAGAACCGCUUUGCGGAAUAUGGUACUACUUCCUUUAGCACACCAGAGAAAGGCAGACAUGAAACACCAGAUAUCAACACCAUGUUACGUCAAAGCAGUAAUCGUGGAAGUGCUCGUCGCCGUGUGUUGGAUCAGAUGAAUACCCCAUUGGCCCAUAAAAGCUUCAAUCAAAAUGGUUUAAGUGAGCUAGAAUUGGAGACACCUAGCAAGUCCAGCUAUACGGAAAGAUUGGAAGCUCUAAAAUCUGAGUCGUUUCAGAAUUCAAAACGGGUUCAUCAUUUAGAAAGUGCAAGGCCUGAACCCCCAUCACCUGCAUCACCUCUUUCGUCUGUGCCUGUUACUCCUAGUCCAAGUAGGUCGAAACGAGCGCAUGAAAUGCUUGCAGGCCUUUUGUCUGGCAGGCUGGCUUCUAAGGAUAAUCUUGACGUUGAAAAGUAA